CGUGACUGGCACCUCUCCGCCCCCGCCGUAAAGGGAAGCAAAAAUGGCGGCCAAGGUGGUCGGUCGGGGCGCCUGGGGCUCCGCGCGGAGGUGAGGCUGGAGCGGACGCUGCGAGGGUGGGGGGCGUUAUUUGGGGGCGAAACGUUAGAAGUGAGCCCCGCCUCCCUCAGCUUGUCACUCAGUGGGGGCGAUGGGGAGACGCUUCCUGCCCACGAGAUUCUCCCCUCCUGAGAGAGAGAGAGAGCGCGCCAAGAGGCGGCCCCUUUCCCUGAGGGAGAGAAACCUUUUUUGUGGAACUCGCGGGGAGGGCAGGAGCUCCCGGUGGGUGCAACACAGACCUCCCCCCACGCUGUAUUAACUCAAUAUAACGGCAAGCAUCGUUUAUGCACUGCUUUCCCCGUGGUGAGCUCAAGGCAGUGGCUGCGUCCCCCAGCACCCCCAUUCCACCCCUGCCACUUCCAAUUUUAUCCUCACUACACCCCUGUGAUGUAGGUCAUGCUAAGUGGUUUGAACAAGGUCUCCUAGCAGGAACCAGGAAGGUUGUGGCUCAUAGCUGUCAACCGUCCCUUCUUUGGCGGGAAACUCCCUUAUCCCAGCGUCGUGUCCCGCUGCUGUCCCUUAUUGAUGAUGUCCCUUAAAUUUCCUGAGUUUCAUGCUCGCCCGGCUCGGGAAGGAAGCAGUGGCUCGGGGUCCUCCGCGGUGAGAGAGAGCACGUGCUGGCGCUGUCAUCCUGGCGCAAGGAGUUCCAUCGGCCCUUCUCUGCCCGGGGGGGGGGGGAGGGAGAGAGACUCUCGCCCACGCCACCCGUGAGCCCGGAGGUGGCAGCGGUGGUGGCAGCUGAGGAGGCAGCCUGAGGGAGGAGGAAGAGGAGGGGAUGGGAAGGGACGCAGAAGGGCAGCGCUUCAGCGGACGCCGCAGCCCCGCAGCCGCCUCAUGCCAGAUUGACAGCAUCUGUCAAUCCUACCAAUGUAUGUAACUCUUUACAAUAGCAAAAUCCCUUAUUUGGGCUGCUGAUCCCUUAUUUUCGAGCCUGCUUGUCCCUUAUUUUCAAAUCUGUAAGUUGACAGCUAUGUUGUGGCUGCAUCAGAGGUGCCAACUUGAAUAAAAUAUUGGGGGGCCCAGGUAAGCCCCGCCCCACAUAAUUGAUCACAAGAUGCGGUGCACACCAUUCGAAUGGCAAUGUCUAUGAACUUGGGGAAGUUGGUGCCCUCUAAUAUUUUAUUUUUUGGGGGGAUGAAGGGACCUCACUCCCUAGUAGUUGGCUCCUAUGGACUGCAUUGAUAUCUUCAUGUAAGUCUGGUGUGUGUGUAUUAUAAUUACUGUUAAUUUAUUUUGUUUGUAUCCUGCCGUUCUUACAAACGAAACACGUGUCAUAUAAACCUGCCGUUCUUACAAAUUAAACACAUGUCAUAUAUAAACCUGCAGUAUAUAAAAAUAAAGCAAUUAAAAUCCAACUAAGUCUGCUCAAACCCAUUGAAAUGAAUAGCUCUAUAUUACACCAUGCUCAUUAUUUUUCAAUGGGUCUGAGUAGAUCUAGCAAAUGAAUGCAACCUAUACUUGCUGAAACUAUUUAUAAAUCAAUGUAAAUUCUUAUUUAUUCUUCUGUAGGUUUGGACUAGUUGCCUACCGGAAAUACAGCAGUGGGGGCAGCUAUCCCAACAUCCCUCUGACAGCUCCUCUCCCUGGAGUGCCAAAGCCCGUCUUUGCCACUGUUGAUGGCCAAGAGGGCUUUGAAACCAAAGUGACCACCCUGGAGAACGGGAUGCAGGUGGCUUCCCAGAACAAAUUUGGACAGUUCUGUACAGUUGGGAGUAAGUUGAUUUCAGUUGCAGCUAUGCAGGUUUCCUGAUACCAGAUUUAUCUGCUUGGGUAUAUUACGUGACACAUUUUGUGUGGUCCAGGAUGGGAAAAGCAGACUAUUCUCUGCUGGUUUUCCAGUCUAAAGGGAUGGGAAUAAUUUUGCUUUGGCAAAGGGCCUUAUGUUUUGGGGUGGGGGUCAUAUUUGUGAAGAGGCUUUUGAGCCUUUUCCCCUGACAUGCCUCCUGACUGGGUUCCCAAUCCCAAGCGCAGGAAGAUCUGAGCGUCCAGACUACUUUUGGAGGGUAAACAAACUGAUUCUCUUUUCUUCUCUCUCUCUUCUCCUGCCCUUUUCUCAGUCCUUAUAAAUUCAGGCUCAAGAUAUGAAGCAAAACAUACUGGUGGCAUUUCACACUUUCUUGAAAAGCUUGCUUUUUCUGUAAGUAAAGUGAUGAGUGAUAGUCAUAUGUACUUGAACUUACUCUUUGCAGUUAUGGGUGACCAACAUCCAUUGAAGUCAGUGGACCCAAUCAGACUAUGACUUAUGUUAGGUAUCACGCUGAACAUAUUAUUGUAAACUGUAUGCGGUCUCUUGAUGAAGAGCGGUAUAUAAAUUUAAUAAGUGACAUAACAGCAGUAGCAGCAGCAAUUAUUGUAGUAGCCUGUGAGUCUUACUACUGUUAUUUGGUAGCAUGGGUGUGCCCUAUAAUUCCCCUCACCUUUUUCAUAUCCAGCCUCCUCCCCAUGUCCUGUUAAUCCUAUAAGUCUCUGAGAGAACCCCCCUCUCUUAGGCUACAGCCAUGGUCACCCAUGGCUAGAACAUGGUUUAUGCUGACCCUUCCUUGCUUUUUCUGUUGUGCUUUCAGUCUACAGCUCAGUUUGGCAGUAAGGACGAAAUCCUCCUCACUUUGGAGAAGCAUGGUGGCAUCUGUGAUUGUCAGGCGUCAAGGUAUGUCUAUCUAAGCAUCCUCCGCUGAAGGCAAAAUGAUCAGGAAACAAAUGGGCAUCUGUCAAAUUUGUAUUUUAUUCACUCUUUUAAAAAGCUAAAUAAUAUAUGGACCUCUAAAAUAGGACUUUUUUUACGCCAGGCUCUUAUCUUAAUCCUUUUUAGGGUUCAGAUUAGAGCCUGUGUUGUGUAGUGAUUAGAGUAUCACCUGGGAGACCAGGGUUCAAAUCACCACUUAACCAUGAAGCUCACUGGGUGACUGUGAGACAGUCGCUGCCUCUCUCAACCUAACCUGCCUCACAGGGUUGUUGUGGGGAUUAAACGAGGAAGGAACGACGUGGGUCACUUUGUGCUCCUUGGAGAAAAGUUGGGAUAGAAAUGCAAUAAAUAAACAACAAAACUGUUCUGACUUGUAGUAGCUUUCCAGGGUUUCUUAAGUCUGGUGCACCUUUCUUCACGUGCAGUUAAGACUGCUUUUUAAUAUAGUUUAAGAAAGGGCCUCAGCAGAAUCACAGCAAUGUAGGAGGUGUCUCAGGGCCAUGACUUCACUGAGGCUGAACGUCCUAAACUGCUCAUCAACCCAAAUUCAUCCACCUUUGCAGGGACACCACCAUGUACGCCGUUUCAGCCGAUGCCAAAGGCCUGGAUACUGUUGUCAGUCUGCUGUCUGAUGUGGUGCUACAGCCCAGAUUAUCAGGUGAGGCGGUACAAAUCUUGAAACUGUGGCGGGAGAGAGGACAUAAAAUCCUGGCUUGGGGAGCCCCUGUUUCCACAGAUAAAGACAUAACAGGGGCCAUGGUUGCUGCAGCAGAUAGCAUGAAUAUGGGGAUUCGGGGCAGGAGAAGAGUAGCAUGGGGGCAUAAAUGCAUGCCCACUGAAAUUUAUUUGUUGGCAACUCAGAGGCUUGGCUCUGUUUUGAGGACCAUAUUGAGGUUCAGGCAGGACUUUCCUUCCACAUGAGAAUGGCAUAUGAAUGUGCCGUCGUAAAUGCAGCUUCAGUAAAUGUGCUGUUGUACACUGACCAAAAGGUCAAGGAGUGACAUUCUUGGCCUUGCUUUGAGUUUGGCUCUGUGAGCGGCAUUCAAGGAUCCUCUUGUGCUCAGAUCCUACUUGCGGCUUUCCCAUGGAGGCACCUCAUUGGCCACUGUGAGGACCAGAUGCUUGACUAUAUGGGCCACAGGUCUGACCCUUCAUGGCUCUUUGUAUGUUCUUAGGAUGCUUUUUUCUCUUGGCACAGAUGAGGAAAUUGAGAUGACACGCAUGGCGGUCCGCUUUGAGUUGGAGGACCUGAACAUGAGGCCUGAUCCAGAACCGCUGCUAACAGAGAUGAUUCAUGCAGUAGGUCCUGUUUGAAUCUGUUCCAGGAACAAGUUUUUGAGAUUGAAAUUGAGCGCUCUGUGUGCGAUGCUUGAGAAUCCCUCAGCUGCACAGCUUAGCAAAAAGAGCAGUAGCUAAGAGACCGCUUAUCUCUUGAACUGACUAUGAGGAUGCUCUUUGGGACGACACUGUCAGUGGGCCAAAUAGGGGCAUUACCGGAACAGCUGCCCAGUGCUGGUUCUGAGAGCCUUCCCAGACUGUGUACCUGUUCUAGGAUAGGCUACCUCCCUAAUUCCUGGACACAAGAACAGCUCACUUAGAGGAUCUCCAUCUUGUUGUGAUUAAGCCACUGGUUUUGUUGCUGGUGCUCUAUGUUCACAAGAGUUGGAUUUCUGCUGAAGGCAAAAACUUUUAUUGUCUUGCCUGAUAAACAUAUUUAGGCCAGCAGUAAUCUCUUGCUAAUUAGACUCUUGGGACUCAUCUCUUAUAAGGCAAGCGAAUGCAAAUGAAUUUGUGGAUCACUUCCCCCUCCCCCCAAAAAAGAGCCUCUCCAUCCAUUUUUUCUCCCAAUAGGCAGCUUUCAGUGAAAACACGGUAGGAUUGAACAGAUUCUGCCCGGCUGAAAACAUAGACAAAAUUGACAGGAAGGUUCUCCAUUCAUACAUGCGGAAUUACUACACACCCAAUAGGAUGGUAUUGGCUGGCGUUGGGAUCGAGCACGACCAGCUGGUGGACUGCGCCCGGAAGUAUUUCCUUGGAGCUGAGCCUGUGUGGGGGAGCAGUACGGCUGCAGUAGUGGACAGGUCUGUCGCCCAGUACACAGGAGGGAUCCUCAAGGUAAGCCAGAGAAAAUCCACUCCUGCUAGCCAGUGGAUGCUUAAAGAAGGGCUUCCAGGUGGAGUUGGUGGCGCAAGCUUCUUAUUGGAAGAAGCCACAGUCUGCGGUGAGCAUCUGUUUUCUUUUUCUGAUUAUUUUCUCCCUCUGCAGCUGGAGAAAGACAUGUCAGAUGUGAGUUUGGGGCCCACCCCUAUCCCAGAGUUGACCCACAUCAUGAUUGGGCUGGAAACCUGUUCAUUUCUGGUAAGGACCUCCCCGCCCCCUGAAGCCUCUGCUUGCACUCGACAUCCUUUACGCCAAACUCUCAGCCACCCACUGCCUUUGCCCCCCACACUCUAGGAGGAAGACUUUAUCCCCUUUGCCGUCCUGAACAUGAUGAUGGGAGGAGGUGGGUCCUUUUCUGCUGGAGGGCCAGGCAAAGGCAUGUUCACCCGGCUGUACCUCAACGUGCUCAACCGGUGAGUCUCUUCUGCUCAAGGGGCAAUGUGACAGAUCCCCUCACAAGACCUCCUUGUCUGAGAUCCCAGACUUGUGCUUCUGCAUUGGGGAUGAAUUGCGCAUUUGUACACGGGAAGUUUUGAGUAGAGGGGGAGAGCAAGAUGAGGGUAGAGGAGCCAGCAAGAAUUGUUGCCUGUGGGAGUUCACCUUAGCUUCUCCUCUUCCCAGGCAUCACUGGAUGUACAAUGCCACAGCCUACCACCACAGCUAUGAAGACACAGGCCUCCUGUGCAUCCAUUCCAGUGCAGACCCCAGACAGGUGGGUGGCUUUCCUGGACUGAUUUCACAUCACAGACCACUUGGUGUCCGGUCUUGGGCAUCUCCUCUGGCCACCUCAUGAGUUGAUCACUGGUAACUGCAGUGUGGGGAUGCAUUUACAACCACAGCUAAAAGCUUUCCAGGCUGGCAUGCAGGCAGCCCUGGAAUCCCACUGCUCUCAGUGGGGCAAGAUUGGGUGAUACUCUUCGUCUUUUGUGGGUUCCAGGAAGAACUCAUUGGUGAUCAGCAUUUUAUACAGUUGCCUUCCUUCCUUCCAUCCUUCCUGUCCCUACUUGACAGCCACCUUCAUUGCUGCUUUUCAUUUACUUACUUCAUUAUUUGCUUCCAGGUUCGAGAAAUGGUGGAAAUAAUCACCCGGGAAUUCAUUUUAAUGGCAGGAGCAGUUGGAGAGGUUAGCUGUUCCCCAUAUUCCUAGAAUUUCCCUGCUGUUCUUAAACAGAGCAGCAGCAGCAAAUUCCCAUCUGGGUACCUGGGAGGAGUUCCUGGGGAGGUUUGUGCUGCUCAUGACUUUCUGGUGCCUUUGGUCACUGACCCUGCUCCCUCCUUCCCCAUGGAGCACAUGAAACAAAAGCCUGAAGCAUAGGUUGCGUUUGUCCUCUGUCUCUUCUUCCAGGUUGAACUUGAGCGAGCAAAGACUCAAUUGCAGUCCAUGCUGAUGAUGAACCUGGAGUCUCGGCCGGUUAUUUUUGAGGAUGUCGGAAGGCAGGUGUUGGCAACUGGCAUGAGGAAGCUGCCCCAUGAGCUCUGUGUCUUGAUUGGUAAGUAAACUUGACUGGCUUUUCUAGGGUCUCUUCUUUUUCUGGGCCUCAUAGCUCAGAGCACCUGCUUGGCAUGCAGAACAUAUCAGGUUCAAUCCCCAGCAGCAUCUCCAGGUUGGGCUGGAAAUGCCCUCUGCCUGAAGCCCUGGAGAGCUGCUGCCAGUCAGUGUAGACAAUAUGCAGCUAGAGGGCAGCUUCUCAUGUUCUUCUGAGGGAGAAUAUAUUUUUGUAACUAUCAGUUUUAUUUUGGCCUCUUACCAAGACCAGCUUCAUUGUGCCCACAUCACUUUGACACUCCUGAGCACACACACAAAGCUCUGGCUCCUAAUGCAAUUUUAGAUCCCUCUCAUUUCUCUAGCCACUUCUUUCUUUCUCUGGGCCAUAUGACUGCUGUUUGCUGGCCCCUUGAUCUCCAUUGCUCCUACUGCACCUCCUUCCUGGCUUAGAUUUCCCUUUUUGUGCUAGUCACCCCGAACUCAUCUCCAGCUAAUAGUAGGGUGAGGAGCCUCCAGCUCCGUGGCUGAAUGCAUCCCUCUGGGCCUCUCGAUCCAGCCUUCAUGACUUUCCAGAGGGUGUGCUCUGCACCACGUUGGGUGCCUUUGCCUGCUUGGAACGUGUACUUUAGCUGUGCUGAUGUUUCUUGCUUUGGCUGGGUGGAGGCUAGAGAGAUGUAUGGGAGAAAAGACACCUCUGGCUUUUACACAACUGGAAUGUUGCCUCCCAUCUUAACAAAAUAACAUUCGCAUCUGUUGCUCUAGCCCCACUCAGUGCCUUUGGAAGGUGCGACCCUUGGGCUGGAAGCAUUUGCCUGUUAUUCUUACAGUUCACCAUUACAGUCCAAUAGCCAAUACCUACAUGUACUCAGCACCAAAAUUUAAAAACUAAAUUUGCAUAAGCAGAAAGAGCGGCAAUGUGGCUUUACUUGGUAUUGGUUCUGAAUGUCCCUUGAAGCCAUGCCUGAUAGUUUUGUUCCCCUUCUUUAGGCAAAGUGAAUGCUAGCGACAUCAAGAGGGUGGUGACAAAGAUGCUGAGGAACAAGCCGGCUGUAGCCUGCCUGGGGGACUUGACUGAGCUGCCCAGUUAUGAACACAUCCAGGCAGCCCUUUCCAGCAAGGAUGGGCGGCUUCCAAGGAUGUAUCGGCUCUUCCGUUAACAAGCCCUCUUGGAUCCACUUGUCGAGAUUUGUGCUUUCCCUGCCAAAGCAGCUCCCGGGUGUGUGAGCCCAGGAGAGGAAGCUUUGUGCAGGUUCUCCGGGUACCUUCGUAACUUUGAAAAGAGCACUCUGGGCCUGUCAACUCAAGCACCUUUGUCUCUGGAAACAGUUUCUUCUUAAGCUUCCUAAACGAACAGCAAAACAUGCACCUGUGAAAAGACAAUGGAAAGAGCUGCCCACAGAAGUACAGCCUGCUGAUUUGAUAUGUGUUGCAAGCCACCCAAAGUGGCUGGGGCAACCCAGCCAGAUGGGCAGGGUUUAGACAAUAAAAUUAUUAUUAUUAUUCUCAAAGUUUCUGUUCAUGCUGAUUUUUUGUCCUAAAUCAGGUGCCUGCAGCCCAGCGACCAAGACCUGUUCCACUCCAUGGUAGUAAAGAACAUAAAUAAAUUAAUAUAACAGGUCACAUGUGAUUACAUACUGAUUUUUGCUUGGCCACAGGAAUAUACUGAUAUAAAAAUUAGAGACCCAAGAUGUAUAUUUUUGAUUGUAACGUUUCAGUAUUUCACUAUUAAUUGCUUUUAACCUCUUAGCUAGAAUGUACAAAGGAAAAGGUUUGAUUUCUGUGUGAGGUUCCCUAUCUAACAAGGUGGCACAGAUGGCCCUCCAGGAUGUUGUUCUAUCAUGAGUUAGUUCUGGACUGUAAAACCAGCUAUCCUUGAAGCUUCUUGGGAGAAAGUAGAAGGGAAGUGAGAUACAAGGAAGGCAUGUCAAUAGCCCAAAGGCCUGGUUGCCAGAGCAGCAGUGAUAGAAGCAUGACAUUUGAGACCAAUGGCCUGGCCACAUUUGGGCCACUCCAAGGUGAUUGCAAGGGUGAAGAUACUGAUAUGGAGCCAUGCGUGGUUUUUUUUUACUUCUCAUGACCCGUAACCUUUCCUGAUGUAUGUAGAAGGAUGUUUAUGUUUUAAGAAUGUUUAGAUAUUUUGUGGCUCUUUGUGUGCUGCCAAAAAACCCUUGUUCUGAUGCUCCUCAUGGCAGACUUCUUAACUGGGAGUUCUAGCCUAUUGCAAUAGCUACAAUCAAUGCUGUGUCCCUCCUGGACUUGAAUUAAUUUCCUUGGUUCUGUGUUUUAUUUAAGAGGUAGUCCCUCAGCUGGGUAACAAACGAGAGUGGUGUAGAAGUACAUUCUUACUACAGUACUUGUGUAGAAGUAUAUGCCACUAUUAUGGUCUUUCACUUAGGCAGAAAGAGUAAAGUGCUUAACAGUGACUGGAAGCCUCAGGCGAAUAUUUGGGCUAUCUGAAGAAUGGGAUUCUUUUCCUCACCUACUGCCCACUUACCCAUGGCCAGCCUUUUCCUCUGCCUCUAUAGAGUUACAGCAGCUUAGCCAGUGGUAGCUUCAAGUAUGCUUGCAAUGCCCCAUCAUGAACAAAAGAGCCUUGCUGGAUCAGGCCAAUGGAUUAUCUAGUCCAGCAUCCAGUUCUCAUAUUGGUCAAGCAGAUGCCCUGAUGGGAAUCCUACAAACAGGACCUGAGUACAACAACAGCAUUUUCCCCUCCUGUGGUUUCUGGAAAACGGUUUUUAGAGGCAGGAAGUGGCUGAAAACGGAGGCAGUACACUGCCAUCAUGGCUGAUAGUGACUGGUAGAUCCACAGAGGCACAUCAGGAUUCUUAAUUUUUAAAAGACAUUCAAAUUGGUGGCCCCUGCCACAUGGAAGCCAGGUUUUAACUCCUGUGAAAGAGGGGCAUCUCAAACCAGUCACUACCAGAAAGAUGCCCCCCCAUCCCAAAUCCAUUAGUGCACAACAGUGAUGAACAGGAGAGAUUCCUGCAUCUCUGGGGCAUUUAUAGGUGUGAAAUUUGCCAUGAGGCACAAAAUUCAACCUAUUAAACAAGCUCCUACUCCAACAUGGAAUCAUAUUAAUUUCCUUUUGCAUUAUUUACUCUGGGCAGAGUUUAAUAUGUCACAACAUUUAGGGGUGGGGUCCUGCCUUUUCAAAAUGACUGAAAGCUUAUCCUAACCUGAUGGGAUGCCUUCUGUUUGCUUUGUGAGGAUGUUUGAUGGUGAAACAACGAUGCAAACUGCAGCUGAAGAGGAAGGAAAGCUUGACACAUUUGAAAUAAGUUUUUAGAAAUCCAGCUCUUGGUUUAUUAAAUUAUGGACACAAAUGCAGUCCAGAGCAAUAACAAGCAACCAAAUGGUGGAAGGGUAAACCCAAAACUCCAACAUGCCUGCGGCCCUGCUUUGCACCUGUUGACAAGUCAAAAUUUGGUCUUGCCACAAAGAAUACUGAUUUUUGUAGCCAGCUGGGAAGAGACAAGCAACAAAGGUUCUUGGUUCAAUGAAACCAGAAAGCCUUCUAUUUCUUAAUACUACUAAUCUAUGUCCAGGUCUGGGAAUGAGGGAAGAUAUCCGAGGCCCUUCCCAUGAGUUGCAACAUGCCAUCAGCACUCUCCCUGGCACUUCCUACUUCAAAAAUAAAUGUGCCUGUCCCAGAUGGGGACUUUGCUCUUUCUGGAAUUGAGAAAACAAUGUGUUUUGGGGGGCAAAUGAAGCUAGCAGCAUGCUCAAAUGUUUCUGCAUAUUCAGCUUCUUGGUGGCAGGGAACGAAUGGAGUAAAAAUACAGAUGCAGAAUGUUCCCAGAGCUGGUCCCCAGAGGCACCUGAUGAAAACCAAGAUGUGAGCACAUGGUCUUGAAACACAAAAAGGAUGCCCAUGACCCUUUUUCAGGCAACAAGUUUCCCAAAACGGCAUCAAUGAGACAAGGGAGCAUCUCAGUCUAGGAAAGUCUCCCCCCAGCUCCACUGGACAAGUUUGUUGCCUUCUUGUGAUCAAGUGUCUACAAAGAGCCAGUCACUGUCAACCUCAAGAGCAUUCCUUCCAUGUUUCCAGGCACAGCAGCGACAAGGCAGUUUCAAAGACCUGAUGGCAGGAGGCCCCAAGCGACAGAUGCUGGCGCUUUUCCUGCACAGGCCCUUUCACUGUGGGGAGGAGUCAGAAGCUCCUCUUGUGCCCAGCUCAGAAAAGCCCUCUUUGGAUGGCCCUUUGAGGUCAGGAAACAGAACAGACGGCACUGGCUUUUUGGUCCUUGAGUGCUUGCUUCCUCUGAAGUUCCCUGGUGAUACGUCGCCUGAUGCCAAUCAAGUAGAGUUCUCGAUCAAACAGGCCAGCAGCCAGUGGGAUGCUGGAAAGAGACAAGGCAGCAUUUAGGUGGGAAGUGACACGCAGGUGAAGGAAGCUGCAUCUUCACAAGCCAUAAAAGCAGGACUCUGGGACCUGCCUGGCAUCUCCAACACUUGUUGAACUCUUAACUCCCAGCAACCCCAGUAGCCAGCAUCGUCAAGGCUCAAGGAAGAUGCUGGUGCUGAUGGUGGGGAGUAUUAUUCAGCAACAUCCAGAGGGCCUCUGUUUUCCCAUCCUUGCUGUCAAGGGAUAUCCAUGCCAGGUGUGGGGAACCUCCAGAUGCUGCUGGACUAUGACUUCCACCAGCCCCAGUGGCUGAGUAGGAUGAGAGGAGUUGAGAGAAUAAUAAUAAUAAUAAUAAUAAUAAUAAUAAUAAUAAUAAUGUAUUACUUAUAUCCCACCCAUACAACUGGGCUGCCCCAGCCACUCUGGUUAAUCAUGCUACUGUCAAAAUAAAGACUUUUUACUGAAUUAGACCACACAUCCCUCUCUGGGGACUAGUCUGCAAGACCUGUGCUGCCUGCCCAUGACGCAAUUCCUGUGCCAAUGUGGUUCCCUACAGCAGGGGAACAAGUGCUACCAGUCUGCUCUCUCUUGGAGGCUGCUUAGUACCUACCCCUCAUCUCCAGCCCUCCAUCAGAUUUAUGCCAAAGGCCACCAUGACGCAAAGUGUCAAUACUAACUUGUCUCUUCCAGGUCUCACUUUGACACGAAACAACCCAUAUACAGGCCGGUGGUCUGACGUUUUGAUCCCAAGGCAGGAAGAGUAUUUCACAGCUUGAAUGUCAUCCUUGUGACGGCUCCGGUAGAUCACACGAUCCUGAGAAAUCCAAGGGGCAAAGAGGGGAAAGGUGAGUUAAUCGCUACAGCAGAGAAACAGCCAGCUCUCUUCCAAGGGCACUUUCCUUUUCACAAGUAUAAAAGACACUCAGUGGCAAGUGCUGUACUUCUUUCCCACCAAGGCACAAUAUCAUUCUUCCUGACGUUUCCAGGUGAGAUGCUGUCUGCUGCUCAUGUAGAAGUUCUUACCGUGUAUGAUGGUGUCCUCUGCUUGGAGGUAGUAUCGUAGGAGUCCUGCCCAACAUCAAACUUGUAGGAAGGGCGGAAAAGAAUGGGAGCCUCUUGGAACCCCUUGAAAAUUGAUCCUGUGGGAGGGAAGGAUGCAAAGAGUCAACUUUCCCCAUGGCUUCAUCAGGGCUGAAUCAAGCUUUAGUUUUGGGAUGGAAACAUGGCUGUGAUAUUCUCCUUACCACUGGCCAUUUCCUUAAUCAACUGGUCAUGCUGUAGCAACUUAGACAUGUCCGCUUCCAGCCCUUGGCUAAGGAUCUGCUCCACCACCUCCCGAUCCUCGUUCAGGCGGAAAUUGAAGUCCCCGAACCAAAAUACAUUGUCAAAGUGGGUUGUGACGUCUGCUGCAGAGCCAAAUGAAAGGGAGCUGGGAUUAGGUGAGGAAUCUUACCAUGACCCUAUUUCAGCUGAAGAUCCAAGAUGCAGAAGCUCAGCAACCAAAUUGUGAGAUGCAGGAGUUUGAUGAGAUUGUCACAAGCCUUGACCUUCAAGAAGCACGUAAAUAAACUGCUAAGUACUGCCACUGUUAACAUUCUAAAUUAAGGGGGAUGCCUCCUCAGCAGCUUAACUCUGGAGCUCCCUUCUUCAAGGGCUUUAUGGUGGCCUAAAUACAUUCUCUUAUGUUUACUGGGCCAAAGGAAAAGAAAUUAUAACUGAUGAGGUUUUCAAUCUCUCUGAAGAUUGUGGACUUCCUCCUCCUUCCCUGCACAGGAGGGCAGCAGAUUAGAAGUUUCAGCCUCUAGUUAGUGGAAAGCCAUUGCCUGUAAUUGGCAGUUCCUCUACGUCACACUAAACUGUGGUUUAGCAUGACAUGCAUGAGCAGGAGGAACUCCAGCAAAUUUCAGGCUCUGCCUUGCAGCUGGAAGGAGGAGUUCAAAAACAUUCACUUUGGCUUGUGUUAACUGUGUUUACCAUUAACCACAUGAGGGCUAGACCACUGAUUUGGAGAGGAAAAUCAGCUUAUUUUUUAGAACCAAGUUUUCCAUGGUGGUUUACAUUUACUGGGAAGGAGCAGCUCAUUACAAAAUUGCAAGUAUUUCACACAACAAAAAAGGGCCUUUCUUCCAGACAUCAAGCUACUCACAAGGGCUGGAGCGAUAGGGGUUGGUAUCUGGAAUGUUUUUUGGAAGUGUAAGAGCCUGGAUGGUUUUGUUGUAGUCCAGGACCCUCUCGUACACUUUGCCAUCUCCAGCUGAAAAAUAAAAGACAGUCUGCUUAAUGCAAGGCCUCUUGAAAACAGGAAACAGGGGACAGAGUUCAUGGGUAGCUUGCUCUGGCAAUUAAUUAUCAAGAGAUUCCUAUAUGGAGAAGAGGCGAUGGAUUCUGUUUUGAAACCCAGCUGUACUGCGCAGGUCCUGGGCAGGAUGAGGUGUGGUCCACAAGGCUGAGUCAAGGCAGCCCAAUUUAGCAGUCAGCACCACCAAGCAUGUUAAGCAAGAUUCUCCUCAAAACAGACUAUCCAAAGAUCCAGAAAUGCCACACAUACAAAUACAGACAUCCAGCAACAGAAAAAUGGGAAAAGGACAAAGACCGGGGAGAGGGACAAAGCCCAGAAAUGCCAACAGAGGAUAGUACAUUAAUUUCUCCACCCCAUAGAGAAGCUCUAUGUAAUCUAAGACUUGGAGGAAAACAUCUGGUCAAUUGCCUUUCCUCUGCUUCCGUCUCUCUCUCACAGACACACAGUCCCAUAUUCCACAAAUACCCAGCCUGAUCUGCAUGGUUCAUUUUAGCACCUGCUCUUGAAAUGAGAUGUUGGUGAUAAGUCCCAUUCAAACCAUUGAUCCUGGAAAGAAGGGACAGCAGUGUUCCUUGCCCCAUCUGCUGCUUAUAUAUGGGGAUGGGGGCCUGGGGAGAUACUCACACGUGAAGUGGGAGGUAAUGAAGAGGAAGGAAGUGCCGAAGAAGGUGAAGCAAACUCCGAGGGCCCCCUUGGUCUUGAUCUGAGACACAAUGCGAGUUGUCACGGUGGCAUAUUCCACCUCUGGAAGGAAGGAGGGAGAGAAUGCCUGUCACAGGUAAUGCACCCAACUCCUGGCCAACCCUGACCUCUGGCAUAAACCAAGAUCACAGGCCAGUGGUGGUGGUUAAACAAGGGACUUUCCUUCCAAAAAAAGUUGAAGCUUCUGCUUAUAUUGGUGCAGAUUUCAUCACAUUGAAGAAAAACAGUAACAACCGACCCCUGGGUUUGAGUCAUUUUAAUUCUGUUGGAUAUUGCGGUUUUAUGGGCAUUUUUAAAAUUAGAUUGAUUAUAAAUGGUUAGUUUCUCUCUCUCCUAUCUCCCAGUCCCUACUUCGGAAUGGUUUUCUAGGAUUUGGGAUAUAGCAGUAAUGUAUAAUAUAAAUUAAUUUAUUGUAACCAUGCAUGGGGAAAUAUUCUGUAUGAAUUACUGAAAAAAAGAGCAAUUUUAAUUUUGGUUUGGAAUUAGAAGUUUGGAGAAGACAUUAAGACCCUGUUUAUUAUUAAUGUUACUUUAAAAAGAGUAAUAUAUUAUCUGCACAUUUUUUUCUCUUUUUGUCCUAUUCUGUGAAACAUAGUAAGAACGAGAAAAUAUUAUGUAUGGUUUAAUUUAAUUUGCUGGAAGCUGCCUUGACCCCUAAAGGAUAAAUAAAUAAAUACUGUCCCUAAAUAAAUU